CCCCCAAGCCAAAAUGUCCACCUCCAGAUUGCGAUCACAACCCUCUCCGGGCAUCAUGUCCUUGAUAACACCAGCCUUAUUUUUCAUCGCAGCACUGUCUGGAAGUUACCUAUUCUCAUUCAAAACACGGCAUUCAAGACGCUCGAGAACGCGCGAUCUUGCUUUGACGCGAGAUCUCGACUAUGAGUCGGAAGAUGACAGUGUCAACAACGAACGCGGCACUGGGCGUGACAAUGGCGGUGAGCCGGACCAUGACCCUAUGGCGGCCAGCACAGAAUCACGACAGCUUGUCUACGACUCGGGAAAUGACGACGAUUUCCUCAUAGUACUGGAUAGACCUCAAUUUAGGACUCAAUUCGGAGUUAGAUCCGGUGCGGCCGUCCGUGGAUACCCCAGCUAUGGAGGCGUCUACGUCCUUCAUUGCAACGCGGUCGAGCUCGACUUUCUAGGGCUCGAUCGAUUUCACAUCGCCAUGAGAGCGCUGGAUCAGGAAGAGGAGGAUGCGCAUUGCAACAACAUGCGCAGGCUCGGAGCGACGUGGUGGGAGAGCGAAGCGGCCUACCGACAAAAGACCAUGGAUCCGGACAGGUCGGGAGACCCGGUCACUUUUGUCGGAUGGCCUCCAGGAGGCGGUGUCUGGGUCCUAAGAACGACUCACGAAGAUGCAUCGGCAAGAGGUGUCGGCAGAAUCAACAAUUGCCACACGAUGGAGGAACGCUGUCGCCUGAUCAAUCACAUGGGCGGCACCUUUUACGAGAACCCGAGAGAGGGUCUAUACCUAGAAUUCUAAACGGAUUCAGGACACGAUGACCCGAGGAUGAUGAAGCUAAGAUUAUGUGGAUUAUGCGAAAAUUUCGUCUAUUUGGGAGUCUCCUUCGACCUUCAAAUCAUCCCCACGGAUGCGACUAAGAACUGUAACUACUAUACGAUGUAUUAUAACGAUGAUUCCUGCCUCGCGGUUGGACAGGAAUUUGAUUUCGUACGAUUUUAAACUUGGAUAAUGGGGCGUCGGCGUGCAGUUAGAUAUAAACACUGUUUCCUGCAUGGGAUUUUGCUGGAUCUAUGCUAAAAUGUCACCUUUAGCUAAACCUCUUCUUUUAUGAUUUUGUGAUUUGGAAUCCCCAUACAUGAGUCUGUCACUACAGUCUCAGAGGUGCCCUUAGAAAGAUUUUUCCUGCCCUCUAGCUGCGAUGCCAGCUGCAGCUCAAUAGCCGCCAGCCGACAAGACACGGCGCCUUUCCGUUCUACGUUGAUAUUUCGCAUCAUGUUUUCGUUUAGAAUGAAUACACUUUCUUCGAAGUAUCACUCAUUGAAUAAUAGACAUGAGUCUUUAAGACGCUAGGUAGACUUUUUGACAUUAAUUGGCAAGGAGAC